AUGGUCGCGAUUAACGUCCCACCAGCUCACGGGUCGCGUAGAAUCAUUCCACACACACCAGAGGCGGGCGAUCCGUACUUUAUCGGAAGCUGUUAUGAGCGGUCUACAGUUGCGCGGGAGUGGGAAGUCGAAGAUACAAAGCUACCAUAUCUGACCUUUGUAAAGUCCUUAUCAGAUUCGUGGAAGCCGCUGCGACACCUUGCGGACUGGAUCGAAGUCGGCACCACGCCGUUACGAUGGAAGGAUAUGAAGGCAGUCCCGAAGGAACGCAAAGAACGAACGCAUCGAACCAACGUCACCAUGGUCGAAUUCUCCCACACGGACCAUCCGCGAACAUUGCCUAUCAGAUCGGCGAAAGCUCUCAAAGAAACCCUCGCAAAUCUCUCCAGUACUCCCUCCGAACAACCUUCCAUGCGUUUGUUCUUGGUUGAAGACCUGUCGCAGCAAGUCGUAGAACAGCUUGGGUCGAGAUUCGAUGUAGAUCCGCUCUUCUUUCGCGAGCAGAUUGCCGAUUACUCGUGGUAUAAUACACGCGAUCCAUGGGCAAUGGCUCCCAACUUGCUGGCAGCUAUGAAGCACCGCCAGUGGUUUCGCAUCCGGAACGUACGCCUUCGCUACUUCACCUCGGAUGAAUCGUUUCAGCGCGCGCGAGACGAGUCCAACACCUUCAACGUGCUUCGUAGGCCGGAUGACGAUGAUAAUCACUGGCUGUACCUGGAUGCUCCUGGGUCAAUUGUGACCAUUACGAGAACGCGGACCACGGUCUGGGUUGGCAAAGACAAGGCCAACGCCAACGGCACGGUUGCUAUCGCCCUCAUAGACCCUACGGUACAAGAAGGCUCGCCAUUAUGGUAUGGACACACGAAUUGGUUACCUACACCGAACUCCCAGCUCUCCGCAUCUCCCAAGGCUCUCUUGCAUGAUACUCUUUUCGAGACGAUAAAAGAAGCCACGCUAUCCUAUCCGUGGUUUGACGACCCUUCACUGGUCUCGCCGUCCGACCAGGGAGCCCUUGUACUGCCAACAGUUUACACCCUUUGUGCAGAAUGGCUCGUAGUUUGCGAUUAUGUGAAAGCACGCUUGGGUCAGAUCGAAUGGGAGCUGGAGAAGCCGAAUCGGUUCCGUUCAAAGGGAGACAUCAUCGACAACUCACUCCAUCGCUUGCACACCUGGCGCCGGGUGCUGCCCGUUUUUCGAGAAAUGGUAACUGAGACGCUAGAACAAGCUCUUCCGGCCGCCGCACGACUCACCUCCCUAUCCCUACCCCAUGACAACGCCGAGAACGACGCGUUUGCGGAUAUUAUCGCCGACUAUCGACGUGUUCUUAACGCUCUUAACGAGCUGCAGGCUCGGGUCGAUCGGCUGACAUCGGUCGUCACGUCGGAAAUAUCGAUCGAAGAUUCGCGGCGCGGUCUACAGGAGAAUCAUAACCUGGCUCGGUUAACUUGGCUGGCCACCACCUUUAUCCCUCUGACUUUUGUCUCCGGACUGUUCAGCAUGCAGAACGACAUAAGCACCAUGAAGACGACGUUUGGUUGGUACUUUGCGGCAGCGCUGCCGCUGACGCUUAUAAUACUGGUGGUGGCUGGAAAGGCAGGCGGGCACCCUGCGCCCGCAUCAUCACGCUGA